AUGAAUAAACACAAUCAAAGUCAAAACAUUAUGCCAGGAAACUUGCACCCAGAAGAGUACAGGAUUGCAUCACUUGUCUUUUAUAGUUUUAUAUUCAUAAUUGGAUUGCUAGUGAACAUCACUGCACUAUGGGUCUUCAGCUGCACCACCAAGAAAAGAACAACUAUAACAGUCUAUAUGAUGAAUGUCGCAUUCCUUGACUUAAUUUUUAUAUUUUCCGUACCUUUUCGGAUAACCUACUAUGCAAAAGAAGCUUGGCCAUUUGGAGAUAUAUUCUGUCGGAUUCUUGGUGCUUUCACUGUGUUUUAUCCAAGCAUUGCUCUGUGGCUGCUUGCUUUUAUAAGUGUUGAUAGAUAUAUGGCCAUUGUCCAGCCCAAACACGUCAAAGAACUUAGGAAUACACGGAAAGCUCUUCUAGCUUGCAUUGGUAUCUGGAUAAUGACCCUUGCAUCGACGUCCCCUUUGCUAUUUUUAUAUUCGGAUCCAGAUAAAACCUCAAAUUUUACUACCUGCAUGAAGAUGCUCGAUAUCAUCCAUCUAAAGGAAGUCAAUAUGUUAAAUUUUUCUCGUUUGAUUUUUUUUUUCUUGAUUCCCCUGUUUAUCAUGAUUGGAUGCUAUCUAGUCAUUAUUUACCAUUUUGUCCAUGGCAGGACUUCCAAACUGAAACCCAAAGCUAAGGAAAGAUCCAUAAAAAUUAUAGUUACUCUGAUUGUGCAAGUGCUUGUCUGCUUUGUGCCCUUCCACAUUUGUUUUGCCUUCCUGAUGCUGCAAGACGAAGACCAGAGUUACAAUCCAUGGGCAGCCUUUACCACCUUUCUCAUGAAUCUCAGUACGUGCUUAGAUGUUAUUCUGUACUAUAUUGUUUCUAAACAAUUUCAGGCCAGAGUCAUCAGUGUCAUGCUUUAUCGCAACUAUCUUCGAAGCGUGCGAAGGAAGAGUUUUCGAUCUGGGAGUUUAAGGUCACUAAGUAAUAUAAACAGUGAAAUGAUAUAAACAAAAUCAGAAGAUUCUUAUAAUGGGGCCAAGUGACUUUCACUGAAGUUUUGACAUUUCAACUUGGUUGUAUUCAAGAAUGCUCUGGAGUUGGCAAUAUUGGGACACAUUAGAUCUGUGGUAGCAUAAUUGUGGGACAAGUGGAAUACCAAAGACUUAAAAUAUUAAUGUUUCAUCAAUGUGUUUUACAUUUUUCAUAGUAAAUCCAGGAGAACUAAGAUAUUUAUGAUCUACCAUCUGGGUGAAGCAGGCAAAUAAAUAUAUUGUCCGUGAUGUACUGCCUCUCAAUCAAAUGUAAAUAUUUCCCAGUGUAAAAAAGUCAAUGUCCAUGCUAGUGUAUAUACACUUUAAAUAAAGCACAUGCAGAAUUUCAGUGUGA